AAACCCGUGCAAGCAAAGCAAGCUGAGCGUCCAACAUUCAGCAUUCCAACUUCCAACUCAACUCACCGGCUUCACGGCUGACACACCUCGUAGCCCGGCCGGCGGCGACAAAACCAUGCAAGAGAGGCUGCCGCUCCGUGCGAUCUGGCCGAGGAAAGGUGCCCUAGCUGCCUCUCUCUUGGGCAAAGGUGACGGAGCCCUUAGUCAAGUGGCAAUGCUUGCCCCCAUCUUUAUGUUACUGUCGCUGCUGCUGAUUUCUUAUGGAGUCGGCAGCAUCCGCUGCUCCUCGACGACCGUCAAUGGUAACAUCAUGGACAUGAUCUCGCUGCUAGAUUUCAAGCGGGACAUCACUAACAACUCAAGACAAGCCUUAAGAUCUUGGCACGCCAGCGUCCCUCUUUGCAGUUGGGAGGGCGUCCACUGCAGCUCGGGGCGAGUCACUAAGCUGUACCUCAAUGGACGAGGGUUGUUGGGCCGGAUAUCCCCCUCCCUUGGCAACCUAACGUUUCUUAGGACACUGGACCUGUCCAAAAAUGGCUUCACCGGCGAGUUACCUCCUCUCAACCGUCUCAACAGAUUGGAAUACAUUGACUUGGGAAGCAACUCACUGCGAGGGACCAUUCCAGAUACUCUCACAAACUGCUCCAAGCUAUGGAUCCUAGACCUAUCUGCCAACUUACUAAUGGGUGAAAUUCCCCUUGGUAUAGGUCGCCUAUCCGAUCUAAGGAAAGUAUGGCUUUCCUCAAAUAAUCUCACCGGAAAAAUCCCACCAAGCCUAAAAAACAUUAGUCAGCUUGAAGAAAUCGUGCUUACUGAUAAUAAGCUUACGGGAACCAUUCCUGAUGAGAUGGGAAUUUUCCCAUCUCUUGUUUAUUUAGACCUUGCUGGAAAUAUGCUAUCGGGUGGAAUUCCAGAAACCUUGUACAAAUACAAUCAGUCUUCUCUCCAAUAUUUAUACUUAUAUUCCAAUAUGCUUGGGAAAACACUGCCAUCGAACUUUGGUGACACCUUCCCGGAUCUUAAACAUCUCUGUUUGGACAAUAACAAUUUUGAAGGUCAUCUCCCUGCUUCACUAGGCAAUAUUUCAAGGCUAAGGCUGUUAAACUUGUCUUCCAACAAUUUCAUUGGUCAAGUUCCAGAUUCUUUUGGUUAUCUUGCACUGUUAGAAUACCUAAUCCUUCAGCGAAACAACUUUUGGGGCUUCAUCCCAAUAGAGCUUGGCGACUUAAAGCAGCUCACCCAUCUGGAUCUGUCUGAUAAUAAUCUGCAAGGUGGUGUGCCAUGACACGGAGUGUUUGUUGAAAAUAACAGUUCCGUCUCACUUGGAGGCAACAUAGACAUCUUUUGGAGGAACACUGGAUCUGCUCCCAUGUCCCGCCAUCUCUCGGAGAGAAGAAACACAGUAUGUGCUAGCUACCUGAUUAUUGGACUACUCAUUACAAUACUUGGUUUGUCACUCAUAUUAUGUGGCCUAUUUUAUGCUCCCAAGAUGUCAGGAGCAAACCUAUCAUUCUUUUUUUGGGGGUGCUGUGUGUAAUUCAUGGGGUUGGGACCUUCCAAACCUUCACCUUGGGAAUAAAUGAUCCGGCGAGACUGUGGCUCUUAGUGCUCAACAAUCAGCAAAACAUGUUAAAAGGGCAGUUUCAAAUAAACCAUGCUGGCGGAUUGCCAACCACUCCCAUUGUAUUGUUUACAAGCUAUGCUAGGCUGCGUCUUGGUUUUGUCAUGCUGACUUUUUCUGAUAAUGAACUUAUGGCAACAAAUUAUAAUGACUUGGACAGUCAAAGCAAUCCAACAAGGGGGGGGGGGGGGGGGGAUUUAUAAUGACUUGGACAGUCAAGCCUCGGGACAAAAGCUCAAUACCCAAAAGUCAUUAUUGUUUUUUGUCAAAGGCUGCCCAGACCGGGGAUAACAAAUGAGUCAUUGAAUGAAAGAUAUCUCGGUUUACCAUUGGAUGUUGGACGUGAGAAGAAUGGAACUUUCUCGUAUAUCAAAGAACGGAUAUGGAGGCGUGUACAAGGAUGGAUGGAGAAGAUGCUACCAGGCAGGGGCAAAGAGGUCCUAAUCAAGUCUAUUGUGCAAGCCAUUUCUACAUAUUCCACGUCAAUGUUCAAACUACCAAGGGGCCUGUGCAAGUGUAUUACGUCGAUGAUCCGGAAAUUUUGGUGGCGCAGCAAAGGGGGUGAACGGAAAACCGCAUUGGUGUCUUGGGAUUCCAUGUGCAUACCGAAAUACAGACGAGGUCUAGGCUUUCGUGACAUGGAGCUUUUCAACCUCUCGUUGCUAGCCAGGCGGGCAUGGAGAAUAUUGCAAGAUCAAGAAUCACUGAGUUCACGGAUACUAAAGGCGGUUUACUUUCCGGCUGCUGAUUUUCUUGAUGCGGAAGUGGGCACUCAAAACUGGUGUAGAUGAUUCAAAAAUCAGUGGCGCCGCCAAGACAAUUUAUGUUACCAUCACAUAACAUUUUAAAAAACUAAGUCUAAAAGCUAAUA